ACCAAAUUUGACAAGUAUGCAGCUUAUAACUACAAAUGUCUUAUGUAUGUAAACCAUAUCCACUGAUACACAGGAGAAAUGGGCGGUUCAGAAUGUGCAGAACACAUAGUGAUGCUGCCAUUCAUGGCACAUGGCCAUAUGAUUCCAUUCUUGGGUUUAGCCAAGCAAAUCAAGCAAACAACUGCUUUCAAACUCACCAUCGUUACUACUCCUCUCAACGUUCAAUAUCUCACCUCCUGCAUUGAUGAUCCAGAAAUCCGAUUGGCGGCGCUGCCGUUCACCGGCGCCGACCAUGGCUUGCCACCCGGCGUAGAGAACACAGAGGCAUUGCCUUUGCGCUACAUGUUCACAAUGGUGCAGUCCACGGUUGCCCUCAAGGACCCUUUGCGCAAUUUCAUCUCCGAUAUGGCCGCCAAAGACAGAAAGCCUCCUCUCUGCAUAAUCUCCGACGUAUUCAUGGGAUGGGCGAGCGAAGUGGCCAGGUCUUGUGGGACGGUGAACGUGGGGUUCUCAACUUCCGGGGCCUACGGCACCGCGUGCUAUAUGUCCAUCUGGCGAGACCUCCCGCAUCUCGCCGCCAGCGAUUACGGCGAGUUCACCGUACCGGCGUUUCCUGAUUCCUGUCGGUUUAACGUCUCUAAGCUUCACCCUUUCAUGAGAGCUGCAAACGGUGAAGAUUCCUGGUCGAAGGUCUUUCGGUCUACUAUAUCAGGUUGCUUCGAGUCUAUUGGAUGGUUAUGUAACACAGUGAAGGAAAUUGAGCCUCUAGGCUCAGAUGCACUUGGAAAGUGUAUUAACCUUCCGGUUUGGUGCAUCGGACCUUUCCUCCCUCCGGGGAUGCUAAACAAGGGUUCUUCGUCUAUCACUGGGAAACGGACUGGCAAAGAUCACGGAUUGUCCCCGGAGAAAUGCAUAGAAUGGCUAGACAUGCAUUCUGAAGGCUCUGUUCUUUACAUUUCGUUUGGUUCCCAGAACACUAUCAGUGCUUCACAGAUGAUGGCGCUGGCUUUGGGAUUGGAAGACAGUAGAAAGCCAUUCAUUUGGGUGAUAAGGCCACCUAUCGGAUUCGACAUAAAAGGGGAGUUCAAAUCAGAAUGGUUGCCAGAAGGGUUUACAGAGAGAAAGCAGGGACUUUUGAUCCAUUCUUGGGCUCCUCAACUGGAGAUUCUUUGCCACAAAUCAACAGGGGCAUUCUUGAGCCACUGUGGAUGGAAUUCCAGCAUUGAAAGUUUGAGCCAAGGAGUGCCCAUGAUUGGGUGGCCAAUGGCGGGUGAGCAGGCCUUCAAUUCAAAGAUGAUGAUGGAGGAAAUGGGGGUGUGCAUAGAGCUAACAAAUGGGGUUCAAAGCACCAUCCUGAGAAGUGAUGUGAAGAGUGUGAUAGGUGUUGUAUUGGAUAGCGAAAAAGGAAGAGAAAUGAAGGAAAAUGCAGUUCGGAUUGGGGAGCUGAUUAGAGCAGCCGUGAGAGAAGAUGAAACCAGCAAAGGGUCUUCCCUACAAGCAAUGGAUCAUUUCAUAUCUACGCUGCGCGCUCUGAUCUCCAAAAGAAUUGAAAAGCCUCACCUGUAGAUAUGGCUGAAAUUUCAUUUAAGAUAUGAAUAAACUUUGUAUCAUGCAUUUUCCUUGUCUGCAACAUGCCGAAUUCGGAAAUUUGGUUUUAGAACA